AUGGCGCCUGUUACAGCAGGGAGUGGUGCUGCAACACGAAGCUCUGGCACACCAGGAGCUUCUGUCACAGCAGGAACCCUGGUUACACCCGCAGUUCAAGUUACAGCGGGCACUCGGGCUACUCCUGCCGUUCCUGCUACAGCAGGCACUCAGGUUACUCCUUCUACUGCUGCUACAGAAGGCACUCGGGCUACUCCUGCAAUUCCUGUCACAGCCAUGCCUGUUUCUCCACCUGCAGUCAGUCAGCCAACAGGCAGCCAAGGGGUGAGCACAGUGCCUCUACGGGGAACAGUGCCUGCAACAGUGCCUGCAACCGUGCCUGCAACCGUGCCAGCCACCUUGCCUGCGACCGUGCCUGCUGCCGUGCCUGCAGCCGUGCCUGCAACCGUGCCUGCAGCAGUGCCUGCAUCAGUGCCUGCAACCGUACCUGCAACCGUACCUGCAACCGUACCUGCAACCGUACCUGCAACUGUGCCUGCAACCGUGCCUUUAGUAGUGCCUGGGGCAAUGGCUGCACCUGCAGCAGGGGCGAGGGCAGCGGGUGUGUCAGGGCCCUCUGCUGCCAAUAGCACGACUCUAGGGGCCCGUCCUUCUGCUGCUACUGCGGUGCCUGUCUCAACGCCUGUAGGGGGAGCGCAUGGAGCAGUGGCUGUAUCUGCAGCAGGAGCGAGGGCAGCGGGUGUGUCAGGCCCCUCUGCUCCCAGUAGCACAUCCCUAGGGACCAGACCUCCUUCUGCUGCUAUAUCUGUCUCAGGACCCACUAGGGACAACCCCUCCGCUGCUGCUGUAGCUGUCUCAACACCUGUGAGAGGCCUCCCUUCAGUUGCUGCUGUGCCUGUCGCAACACCCACUAGGGGAAACCCCUCUGCUGCUGCUGUAGCUGUCUCGUCACCCACUCGGGGCCGCCCUUCAACUGCUGCUGCUACUGUGCCUGUCUCAACGCCUGCAAGGAGCCUCCCUUUGACUGCCGCUGCUGCUGCUGCUGCUGCUGCUGCUGCUGUGCCUGCACCGGCAUCCACUAGGGCCCGCACUGCUGCUACAGGGGAUUCGCCAGUCGUCCUCCCUGCAACUUCCACUACUCGUAACCUCCCCACCCAGGUGCCCUCUCAGUUACCCUCCCCACCAACUGCUGCUACCACCAGCAGCAGCAGUGGGAAUGGAGGAGGAGGGGGGUUGGGUGGGAUGAUGGGUUUCCUUGGCCCUCUGACAUCCACCUUCUCAAGGAUAUUUGACGUGAACUGGCUUACAGGCACGUUCUUUUCGAUCGGCUCUUGGGUCUCUUCCCUGGUGCGUGGGCAGGAAUAG